AUGUCGUACCUCUUGAAACGCGCCCUUGGUGCAGGGUGCUCAAUGGGGCGUAAUGUUUUAAACAACGCGAAGAGCCCGAUGAUCCAGCGAAUCGUAACAAAAACCGAACAAGCCGCUCCCCAAGAGGAAACUCGUCCGACUGUUGCUAAAGUGGACCCUCUGCAGAAGUCCCAGCUCGUAGAUUUCGGUAAAUACGUUGCCGAAUGUAUGCCUAAAUAUGUUCAAAAGGUGCAGCUAACUGCUGGAAACGAGCUGGAAGUGCUUGUGCCCCCAGAGGGAGUCUUACCCGUGUUACAGUUUUUGAAAGAUCAUCACACCGCACAAUUUACCAAUCUGGUCGAUAUUGCGGGAAUGGAUGUUCCGAACCGCCAAUACAGGUUUGAGAUCAUUUACAAUUUGUUGUCCCUGCGUUACAACUCAAGGAUUCGUGUAAAGACGUAUACCGACGAGCUCACGCCUAUCGAAUCUGCUAACGAUGUGUUUAAAGCGGCUAAUUGGUACGAAAGAGAAAUCUGGGAUAUGUUUGGUGUGUUCUUUGCUAACCAUCCUGAUUUGAGAAGAAUCUUGACUGACUAUGGCUUUGAGGGACAUCCCUUCAGGAAGGACUUCCCUCUCAGUGGAUAUGUAGAGGUACGUUACGACGAUGAGCAGAAGCGUGUGGUAGUGGAGCCUCUGGAGUUAGCUCAGGAGUUCCGCCGCUUCGAGCUCAGUGCUCCGUGGGAACAGUUCCCCAACUUCCGUAGCAAUCCAGCCUCGGAGGAAAUUAUUAAUCCUGGAGAUGACAAAACAAAACAGUAA